AUGGCGAGCCAGUCUACGAUCACCUCGAUGGCCCCGACCCGCUGGGAUGCCAAAGUGAUCGGCCGUCAGCGGCUGCAGCGCCAGCUGGCCUGCCUCCAAGCGCCUCAUCGAUGCCCAGAAGGCGUGUACCUACGCCCUGAUGCUCAGGAUGCCUUUCGUUUCCAUGGCGUCGUAUUUGUUCGCACAGGCAGCUAUGCACCAGGGGUAUUUCGCUUUAGUAUCCAGUUCACGAUGGUCGAUGAGCAGCUGGCCUUGCCUACCGUUUUCUUCCCGCCGAUCCUUAUGCACCCCAUUGUGGAACCAGCUACAGGCCGACUCAAUUUACUUCCCUAUCUUGCUACCACGUCUGACAAGCCUGGCGCUGCGGAUCCUGAUCACCCUCACUUUGUCCAGCAUCUCUUGACAUUCUUGCACGACUGCUUUCAGCCGGCCUUGUUGGCCGAGCUGCAGCAGCAAUGGGUUCUUAACGACCGCAUGUUUCACCUCUUCUCGGCGGACCCCUCGCUUUUCGAUCGGCUCGCGAAGCAGUCCGCGACGCUCUCCACAUCGCCGCUAGCCCUGUACGAUACGCAGUCGGGCAGCGGCGUGCCUGGCGACAUGGAUGUCACGGUCGCAUCCUCCGAAGACCAACCUCGUCUUGACUCUGUUAUGCCCUUUGAGCCUCUGCGUCCCUCGGACGUGGCACGUAUCCGCGAUAGCCUUGUAUUGUAA